AUGCGCUAUUCUUCGCUGCAGUGGUCCCUGCUGGCAUUGUUGGCCCUCACAAUCCAACAGUGUGCGUGCCAGCGGGAAAUAUUCCGGCUGUUUUCAAACUGCCGCUUUGGAAAGCCCAACUUCGAUCCGUGCAUCAAGAAGGCGUUCAACGCUCUACGACCUUGGUUUAAGACCGGUCUGCCCGAGUUUAAUGUCGCCCCGUUCGAUCCGCAUCGGGCGGAAUACGUCGAACAGCGCCGUGGAGAUUUGGGAGGUCUCGGUGGCUAUCGGUUGCUGCUCUCGAACGUGUCCGAGUACGGCUGGGCGAUCUCUGAAGUGACCAAAUACCGGACGGAACCGAAGCAUGAUCGCAUCGUUUACUCGCAGUACUUCCCGGAGAAGUCACUCGACGGUGGUUACGACUUCCAGGCGAAGAUCCUUGGACUCCCAAGGCACACACGUGGCGUCUGGAACCUGACGCUGUACGAUUACAGCCAAACGACCACGGUCACGCGGAUCGGUGGUCCCGGUGGGUUGCUAAAGGUGCGCGUAGAGAUCGACAAGAUCGGUGACAUGAAGCUGCACAUCACGGACCUCUUCCAUGGGGUGAAGAUCAUUGAAUCCAUUGCGGACUUCUUCAUCAACUCGCUGUGGCAGCCCAGCUUCCCGUUCAUUAAGCCACUCAUCAACGACCUCGUGAGUGUGGCUUUUACGGACAUCUUCAACGAGUCCUUCCGGUACUUCCCGCUCGAUCAGGUGAUACGAAGCUAGGCUAAACCGUGGGUCA